CAAAAAAAGAGAAAAACUCGAAUGUUAUUCAUUUGUAAUCCAAUACAAAGAGUGAUGUUUUGAUAACGCCUUCAUGACGCAUGCGCGAAAACCGAGUCCUCUCUGAUUUGCUCUGUUUUUUACACGUUAUAUGUUACACGUGAAUCAAGAAUCAUAUAAACACCGAUAAAUUAUUUGCAAUAGUGAAAUAAUUGUUUUAAUCGUGAUCUUAUAUUUUGAAUAAGAAGACAAUUUAAAAAGAACAUUUUGUCAUGCCGGUUAUAAAUAGGAUAAAGCCAAUUACACAUAAAGGCAAGAAAGCUCUAUUAAAAAAAGAACCUCAAUUGAUAGAAAAUGCCAAAGAAACUUUGUGCCUUAAAGGUAAAAAUACUUCACAGAAUGUCGUCGAUUUUAUGAAGGAUUUGUAUGAUCUGAAGAAACCUAAUGCACAAAUGAUGCAAAAGAAAAAUGAUAUAUUACCAUUUGAAAAUAUUGUGCCAAUUGAGAAAUUUGCAUUCAAAUAUGAAGCAUCUCUUUUCAUGAUGGCCUCGCAUAAUAAAAAACGUCCAAACAACCUCGUUAUGGGUCGAAUGUAUGAUCAUAUGUUAUUAGAUAUGAUAGAAUUUGGUAUAGAAAAUUAUAAAGGACUAAAAGACUUUAAAGUUGAAAAAGUCUCUUUAGGAAUAAAACCAUUGUUGAUUUUUAAUGGUGAAGUUUUUGAAAGUAACUAUGAAUAUAGAAGAAUUAAAAACUUACUUGUCGAUAUGUUCCAAAGGGAAGUGGUUGGAAGGAUCAGAUUACAAGGUCUUGAACAUGUCUUAAGUUUUACAGCUAUUGAAAAUAAAAUACUUUUACGUAGUUACAGGAUACUUUUGAAAAAAUCCAAUACAAGGAUACCUAGGAUAGAACUUGAGGAAAUAGGACCACGAGCUGAUUUGCUAUGUAGGCGUAACAAGUUUGCUUCUGAAGAUUUAUUCAAGCAAGCUUGCAAGAAACCUAAAGAACUCAAGAUGAAGAAGAAGAAAAAUAUCUCUACAGAUACACUUGGAACAACACAUGGUCGUAUACAUAUUGGAACACAAAAUAUUGAUAAGAUUCAAACAAGAAAGAUGAAAGGUUUAAAGAAAACAUUAUCGGAAAAGAAAAGUAUUCAAAAGAGAAAAAUUGCUGAUGACAAUAAUGACAAUGCAAUAAAACUUAGAAAAGUUGAAGACUAAACUCAUUAUUUGCUUAAUUAAUAAU